AUGGCGCACGAGGCAAGGCAUCAGGGGUACAGCGUGCCUGUCGCCAGCGGCACGACGCUUGCCGCGACAGCAGAUAUCCUGCGGUGUUACGAGCAAGCAGUACAGGAGCCCAUGGUGGAGUGCGUCAAUCUAGAUGGCCUUUAUACCAGUGCCCAGGCCCCAGCGUCGGAUCGCACCGACGCUAUCGUUUUGCGCGAAGAUUUCUGUUCGACUGCGAUCGUUGCAAAUACAUGGCUUGCGCUGCGCGCAGAUAAUGUAUCACAAGGUGUAGAUCUUGAUCUAGAAGCGCUACAAGAUACGCAGCGAAAGUUGGGUGCACAGCGCGUGACUGUGCUGCAGUCUCCGGCAUUUGCGCAUAGCGAGCACACACAGAUACUCCCGCCGUCCACCAGCAAGCUACCGGAGCAAAACAAUGAGCCGAAGGAAUACAUUUCGACGUGGGCAGAAGGCCAAGCGACGGCCCGGCUCAAUCGGCGGCUCGCAAAAAAAAAGACUCGCGCGCUAAAAGGCGUGCAAGAAAAAUGUGCCAAGGAGCCGCGCAUGACAUUACUACACGGAGACGUGCUCUCCCUACCUGUAGCUCCUCUUUCCAAUGGAACGUGUGCAUUGGAAGCGCCGGACCUAGUUGCCUCGCUCAACUAUGCGAUGGCGUACUUCCAUGACCGCGCAACGCUGCUUGCUUACCUGCGGAGUGUUCUGCGCUCUUUGCGACCGCACACGGGUGUGUUUGUAACAGAUAUGUUUGGCGGACCGCCUACAGGAGAAGAAUACGAAGACCAGGACAAUCUCUGGUCGCAAUUUUGGGACGAGCCAGGUUUCCUGCGCGUCGAAGCGGACGCAGACCAAGUCGUGCUCGACGCCGACAAACCUGAAACGAGGCGCACACUCAGCGUGCACGGUGAUUUGCAGGUAUUUCCCGCACCGACCGCUGCGCAGCAAGGAACGCGCGCGGAAUGGCCACGCGGUCGCUUGAAACUCGUGCGCACCGGCGAGGAGCAUGGCGGAUUCGAGUACUGGCGCGAAGAUGGGCCGGUCGAUUAUGCGACUAACCGUUUCCGGAUGAGCUUGAGCUUUCGAUUCAGUGACCACUCGUGGCUGCGCGAUGUUUUCUCCUAUGAUUUCCGCAUUUGGUCGCUCAAGGAGCUGACCGAGGCUAUGGAAGAAGCUGGCUUUGCCACCGUCCGCGUCCUUGUGCUUCCACGAAACGACGUCGACAAAAUAUGGAGUGGGUCAGACUCGGAGAGCGAUGCCGACGAGGACGGACUAGGCGCCAUAAUGCGCCGCACAGAGCGCGAGGAACGCAAGCGCCGCAUGUUCCACACGGUUAAUCCUGGCGAAAAAGUGUUUAGUUCGCGCUCGUUUGCAACCUAUAUUGUAGCACGCGUCCCAUAG